AUGUCGUACACAACCAUCGCCCCUUUGACAAAGGCACCAACAUCACCACCCGCAAACAUGGUCUCUUCUGAGUCAAACCCUGCUGGAAAGGUCACCAAAAAUUCGCGCAAGGCGACUUCCAAAUCCUUAACCAAACCCACCCAAGAUUUCUCUCCAAAGAUGGGUGAGAAGACACAUCGAAGGUCCAGAUUAGGUUGCUUUACCUGUCGUCUUCGAAGAAAGAAGUGUGAUGAGGGAAAGAUUGUCUGCAAAGCAUGCAAAAACCUGAAGUUGAAAUGCGAAUACAAGCGGCCCAUGUGGUGGGGAAACAAUGAGCAAAGGCGCAUUCAAAAGGAGUUAAUCAAGGACAUCAUCAAGAAGACCAAGAUCAAUGAGAAGGCGUGCGCAAAUGCCAAUGCCCGCGCAAGCAGCUGUGCCCACACCGCUCCCAGCCUGUCACAUUCUGCUCCAACGAUAGACACAUUUUCCGAUGGUAUUCAUGGGACUCGCGCCCCUUCUGCCGAAUCGCAGUUCUCCAUGGAACAAGAGUUCGCCUUCCCGUCGCAUGAUCCAUUCGACCCAUUUGGAUCCCAGCUGCAGACUCCCCACUUCGAAGCAGCAGCUUUCUAUGGGACAGCUCCACCAUACGAGGUUGACAUCAAGACGGAACGACAAUUAUAUGUCAAUGAUAUCCCAACUCGACGGGAUUCUUCUAUCUCAACAUUCAGCACAUUCCAGCCACCAUUGUCCCAUGCCACCCUGCCAACAUUCCCUGGCGAUGAUUGGGUUCAGGAGGAAUACUUCGAAAGCUGCAAGAAAUCCUUCAGCUCCCCUGAAACUGGUGAUUUCGGUUUCCUCAGCGUGCCACCCGAACCAACUAUUGCCGACAUGCUCAAUCUUGACGACGGUGACCGACAUCUUUUGGAACACUUCUUGGAGAACGUCAUUCGUCUUCUUUUCCCAGUCCUGGAGACGAGACAACACGGUAUCGUUCAAUCGCAUAUCCUACCCGCGCUACAGACCAACAAGCCUUACCUGCACUGCUGUCUGAGCAUCGCCGCUAUGCAUCUCAAGUCCACUGAGUGCAACAAUGGCGAUCAGUUCGAUAAUGCCAUCCUAAACCACCGCGGAGAGGCAGUGAAGGAACUCAACGAAGCGCUGACUCACGACACUGACAACCUCCAAAUCCUCGAUGCGAUUCUGGCCAUGAUCCUCUUCCCAUGCACUGUUGGCUGCCCGAAUGAUGUGCUCCUCGAUAUCCCAUGGCACUCCCAUUUCCAACCAGUUACAGAACUGAUCACUAGGCUUGAACUCCCCCAAAUGCUGCUCGACGCUGACAAUCACAAUAUCCCCCCACCCUUCGACAUGACACUGGUUGCCUGGAUCGAUAUCCUGGGCUCAACGAUGCUUGGCAAGACGCCGCAGUGCGCACACGUCUACCGCACCAAGCUCCUGGCGGGCUCCUCUUCCGGUUUAUACGAUCUGAUGGGCUGCGAGGACCGAGUGAUGUACCUGAUCUCCGAAAUCGCCUGCCUCGACACUCUGAAACUCGAAGGCCGCAUCGACGAUCUCCUGCUGUGCUCACACAUCACCUCCCUUGCCCACCAGCUCGACCACACCGAACCACCCCCUGGAUCCCUGGUCUAUCCAACCAACGACACAGGCGCCCUCCAAGCAUGCCAGCUGUCACAGAACAUGACCGCGCUCUUCCGCCUCGCCGCCCGCGUAUACCUCUGCAGCCUCGUCCCAGGCUUCCACCGCACCCAAGCAGGAACAAUGCGCCUAAUCUCCGACUUUGCAGACCUCGUAAACCUCGUCCCCGGCGGACCCGAUGGCUUCGAUCGCUCUCUCGUCUGGCCAUUCCUCAUCUGCGGCUCUUUCUCCACCCCCGACAGCGCCUUCCGCUCCAUGUUCGAACGCCGCAUCGAGAUGCUCGGCAACGCGGCCGGAAAUGGCAGCUUUGGCCGCAUGGUCUGUCUGUUGCGCGAGGUGUGGCGACAGGCUGACGUGGCGGCUGAUGUAUCGUUCCUCCCGACUCCAGUUUCAGCCGCGACAACCCCAGGCGGAAGCCUGUCUGCUGCCGCGGCCGCGGCCGCCGGCGCUGGGUCAGAUGACGAGCGCAACCACCACCACCAUCAGAAAUCCAAGCUUGCAAACGUCCACUGGCGGGAUGUUAUGAAGCAGAAUAAUUGGAAUUUCUUGCUGAUAUAA